AUGCAGUCAGUCCGCGCGUUCGCUCCUUGGCCCGGCACGUUUGGUGACUUCAUUAUCGGCGGAGGCAGCAGCAGCAGCACAACCAGCAGCAGUGAGGGGAGCAGCAGCAGCGGCGGCGGCAGUGCCAGUGAAGGGAACAGCAGCAGCAGCAGCGGCGGCGGCAGUGCCAGUGAAGGGAACAGCAGCAGCAGCAGCGGCAACACAGUGGCAGGCGAGCGGGUGCAGAUCAAGAUCCUGUCGACGCGGCUGGCAGACCCAUCCGAACUGCCCGCCGACGCCGCCGCGGCCGGCCGUGUGGUGUUUGCGCCUGGCGGCCGCAUGCUCGUGCCCUGCGGCGGCGGCGGCGCGCUGGAGGUGCUGCAGCUGCAGCAGCCGGCGAAAAAGGCGAUGACGGGGCGGGACUUUGCGAACGGGCUCAAGGGGCGGCAGGUGGUGGUGGCGCCGGCGCUGGAGCCCGCGCCAGCCGAGGCGGCCGCCGGCAGCCGGCGAUGA